CUCCUGGGGCUCCUGAGCCUGCUGCACUCGGCCUUCUUCGGGGACCAGGCGCUGCAGGAGCUGAAGAUGACGAGCUCUGUGGCUCCCUAUGAGCAGCUGGUCCGGCAGGUGGAGGCCUUGAAGGCCGAGAACAGUCACCUGAGGCAGGAGCUGCGGGACAACUCAAGCCACCUGUCUAAGCUGGAGACGGAGACAUCUGGCAUGAAGGAGGUCCUGAAGCAUUUACAGGGCAAGCUGGAGCAGGAGGCCCGGGUGCUGGUGUCCUCGGGGCAGACUGAGGUGUUGGAGCAACUGAAAGCCCUGCAGAUGGACAUCACCAGCCUGUACAACCUCAAGUUCCAGCCCCCAGCGCUGGGCCCUGAGCCUGCUGCCCAGACUCCUGAGAAAAGCCCAGUGCAUGGCUCCGUGCCUUCCAAGGACGGCUUCGGGGAGCUGAGUCGAGCCACCAUCCGGCUGCUGGAGGAACUGGAUCGGGAGAGGUGCUUCCUGUUGAGUGAGAUUGAGAAGGAGGAGAAGGAGAAGCUCUGGUAUUACUCGCAGCUGCAGGGCUUGUCCAAGCGCCUGGAUGAGCUGCCGCACGUGGAGACGCAGUUCUCCAUGCAGAUGGACCUGAUCCGCCAGCAGCUGGAGUUCGAGGCCCAGCACAUCCGCUCGCUGAUGGAGGAGCGCUUCGGGACCUCGGACGAGAUGGUGCAGCGGGCGCAGAUCCGUGCUUCACGCCUGGAGCAGAUCGACAAGGAACUGCUGUCGGCGCAGGACCUGGUGCAGCAGACAGAGCCCCAGGCCCUACUAGCCGUAAAGCCAAUGCGGGUGGAUGAAGACCCUGAGACUGAGGUCCCCACGCACCCUGAAGAUGGUGCCCCUCAGCCCGGCAACAGCAAGGUGGAGGUGGUCUUCUGGCUGCUGUCCAUGCUGGCAACACGUGACCAGGAGGACACUGCUCGCACGCUGCUGGCCAUGUCCAGCUCCCCUGAGAGCUGCGUGGCCAUGCGCCGCUCGGGUUGUCUGCCGCUGCUGCUGCAGAUCCUGCAUGGCGCGGAGGCGGGGUCUGGGGAUUGCAGCGGGAAUUCUGGGGCAGCAGGAGCCAAGGAUGCACGCAUGCGUGCCAACGCGGCUUUGCACAACAUCGUCUUCUCGCAGCCAGACCAGGGCCUGGCCCGCAAAGAGAUGCGUGUUCUGCAUGUGUUGGAGCAAAUCCGUGCCUACUGCGAGACCUGCUGGGACUGGCUGCAGGCUCAGGACAGUGGGCCGGAGGGUGGAGGAUCAGGCGGUGCCCCGGUCCCCAUGGAGCCGCAGAUCUGCCAGGCCACCUGCGCCGUGAUGAAGCUGUCCUUCGACGAGGAGUACCGGCGAGCCAUGAAUGAGCUGGGCGGGCUGCAGGCCGUGGCAGAGUUACUGCAGGUCGACUAUGAGAUGCACAAGAUGACCCGAGACCCCCUCAACCUGGCCCUGCGCCGCUAUGCCGGCAUGACCCUCACCAACCUCACCUUUGGGGACGUUGCCAACAAGGCCACACUGUGUGCACGCCGGGGCUGCAUGGAGGCCAUUGUGGCUCAGCUGUCCUCUGAGAGCGAGGAACUCCACCAGGUGGUAUCCAGCAUCCUGCGUAACCUGUCCUGGCGGGCUGAUAUCAACAGCAAGAAGGUGCUGCGGAAGGUUGGCAGCAUGACCGCCCUGAUGCAGUGUGUCCUGCGAGCCUCCAAGGAGUCCACCUUGAAGAGCGUGCUGAGCGCCCUGUGGAACCUCUCGGCGCACAGCACAGAGAACAAGGCCGCCAUCUGCCAGGUGGAGGGGGCACUGGGCUUCCUGGUGAGCACACUCACCUACAAGUGCCAGAGCAACUCGCUGGCCAUUAUCGAGAGCGGAGGCGGCAUCCUGCGCAACGUGUCCAGCCUCAUUGCCACUCGCGAGGACUACAGGCAGGUGCUGCGGGACCAUAACUGCCUGCAGACACUGCUGCAGCAUCUGACCUCGCACAGCCUGACCAUCGUGAGUAACGCCUGCGGCACACUCUGGAACCUGUCGGCGCGCAGCGCUCACGACCAGGAGCUGCUGUGGGACCUGGGCGCAGUGGGCAUGCUGCGCAACCUGGUGCACUCCAAGCACAAGAUGAUCGCCAUGGGUAGUGCGGCCGCCCUCCGGAACCUGCUGGCCCACCGGCCAGCCAAGUACCAGGCAGCCACCACCGCCAUCUCCCCUGGCGCCUGCGCCCCCAGCCUGUAUGUGCGGAAGCAGCGGGCGCUAGAGGCCGAGCUGGAUGCGCGGCACCUGGCACAGGCUCUCAACCACCUGGAGAAGCAGGAUCUGCCCGAGACCAAGGCUGAGAGCGCUUCCAAGAAGCCGCUGCCGCCCCUGCGCCACCUGGACGGGCUCGUCCAGGACUACGCCUCGGACUCGGGCUGCUUUGAUGACGACGACGCCCCGUCUCUGGCCGCUGCCGCCGCCGAACCUGCCAGCCCCGCUGUGCUGCCCCUCUUCUUGGGCAGCCCCUUCCUGCAGGGGCAGGCGCUAGCCCGCGCCCCGCCUGGCUGCUGCGGUGGCGUCCCAGAGGCAGAGAAGGAGGCCGGUGGGGAGACCGCCGUGGCGGCUAGGGCCAAGGCCAAGCUGGCGCUGGCCGUGGCAAGGAUUGACCGGCUGGUGGAGGACAUCUCGGCUCUGCACACCUCCUCAGACGACAGCUUCAGCCUCAGUUCCGGGGACCCCGGGCAGGAGGCCCCAAGGGAGGGCCGCGCUCAGUCCUGCUCUCCUUGCCGGGGGCCCAAGGGUGGGCGGCGGGAGGGCGGCAGCCGAGCUCACCCCCUGCUUCGGCUCAAGGCGGCCCACGUGAGCCUCUCCAACGACAGCCUCAACAGCGGCAGCGGCAGCGACGGGCACUGUGCCCGAGAGCACGCGCGGCCCUGCCCACUGGCUGUGCUCGCCGAGCGCCGCGAGGGGCCGCCCUGCGGCCAGGCACGGCCCAGUCGGCUUGACCUGAACCCACUGGGCAACCAGGCAGAGCGGGCAGCCCGGGACGCUGCUCUUGUGGACGCCCGAGUGCGCACCAUCAAGCUGUCGCCCACCUACCAGCACGUGCCGCUGCUGGAGGGUGUGGCCAGGGCGAGCUCAGGGCUCCUGAACGCCGGGGCCGGGAAGCAGGCCUGGCAGCCAGGGGAGGACCUGGGCAAGGUGCCAGAGAAGCGGGUGGUGGAGGCUGCGCCGCUGUGCCUGUCCCGCUGCAGCUCCCUGUCCUCUCUCUCCUCGGCCAGCCGCCCGGGGCCCAGCGAGGCGGGGGACCUGGACAGUGAUUCGUCCCUGGAGGGGCUAGAGGAGGUAGGCCCCAGCGAGGUGGAGCUGGAUGGGGGCUGGAGUGGGCAGGGGCCCGCCUCCCUGCCCAUGGCCAUCCCGGUUCCCAGGCGCGGUCGUGGCCUCGGGGUGGAGGACGCCACCCCAUCGAGCUCCUCAGAGAACUGUGUGCAGGAGACGCCGCUGGUGCUGAGCCGCUGUAGCUCAGUGAGCUCACUGGGCAGCUUCGAGAGUCCGUCCAUUGCCAGCUCCAUCCCCAGUGACCCCUGCAGCGGGCUGGGCAGCGGCACAGUCAGCCCCAGCGAGCUGCCGGACAGCCCCGGGCAGACCAUGCCGCCCAGUCGCAGCAAGACACCGCCGCUGGCCCCCGUGGCCCCCGGGGAGCGCGAGACCACCCAGUUCAGCCUGCAGUGGGAGAGCUACGUGAAGCGCUUCCUGGACAUCGCCGACUGCCGAGAGCGGUGCCGGCUGCCCUCCGAGCUGGACGCCGGCAGCGUGCGCUUCACGGUGGAGAAGCCUGACGAGAACUUCUCCUGCGCCUCCAGCCUCAGCGCGCUGGCCCUGCACGAGCACUACGUGCAGAAGGACGUGGAGCUGCGGCUGCUGCCCCCAGGCUGCCCCGAGCGAGGCGGCGGAGGCCCUGGCCCGGGCCUGCACUUCGCGGGGCACCACCGGCGGGACGAAGCCUGCGGUCGCCUGGAGGGGCCGCCAGCCACGGACCAGGAGCUGGAGCUGCUGCGGGAGAGCCUGGGCGUGGCGGUGCCAGCCCAGCUGCGCAAGGUGGCCUCGGCCCUGGUGCCCGGCCGCCGCGCGCGCCCCGUGCCGGUCUACAUGCUGCUGCCCGCGCCCACGCGGGAGGAGGACUCGGGCACCGACUCGGCCGAGGGCACGCCCGUCAACCUCUCCAGUGCCGCCUCGCUCAGCGACGAGACUCUGCAGGGAGCCCCCCGGGAGGCGCCCGGCCGGCGUGCGGACAGGAAGAAGCCAGCCCUGCGCUCGGCCGGCGCCAGGCAGGCUUCGGGGUACCGGCACAAAGCCGGGGGCCUGGGCCGGAGCUCGGAGCAGAACCGGGGGGCAGGCAGAAGGCGGGCGGGGCUGGAGCUCCCCCUGCGCCGGCCCCCGAGCGCCUGCACGGACCCCCGAGCGGGCCAGGGGGCCGGGGAGCGGGGGCUGCAGUCGCUCUGCCUCACCACGCCCACCGAGGAGGCCGUGUACUGCUUCUGCGACAACGACUCCGAGGAGGAGCCCGCCGCCCCGGCGCCGCCCCCCCGGCGGGCCCCCGCCGCCCUCCCGGCGGCGCCGAGGGAGCGCGCGGCCGCGGGGAAGGAGGCGCAGGCGGCGCCGGGGGCCAAGGCGCCCGCGCGGGCCCAACCCAGCCUCAUCGCGGACGAGACCCCGCCCUGCUACUCCCUCAGCUCCUCCGCCAGCUCCCUGAGCGAGCCCGAGCCCGGCGGCGGGCCCCGCGCGCCUCGGCCGGCCGGCGCCCAGGGCCCGGCCCCGGGAGACCAGGGCGCCGGCUCCCCGGGCUCCCCCGGCCCCCGCGCGGAGGCCGAGCGCCCGCGCCGCUGCGCGGGCUCGUCCCUGCCCCGGCGCCGGCCGCUGGCGUCGGGCCCACGACGGCUCAAGGCCCGCGCGGCCCGGCCGGACGCCUGGCCCGCGGAGGCGCCCCCGGAGCGCGCGGAGGACGCGGCCGGCUCCGACCAGGCCUCGGACCUGGACAGCGUGGACUGGCGCGCCAUCCAGGAGGGCGCCAACUCCAUCGUCACGUGGCUGCAUCAGGCGGCGGCCGUGGCCACCCCCGAGGCCUCCUCUGAGUCCGACUCCAUCCUGUCCUUCGCCUCGGGGCUCUCCGUGGGCUCCACCCCGAAACCCUCCCCGCACCGCAGCGCGCGCGGGCCGCGGGGGGAAGCCCUGGCGGGCUUGGCGCAGCCAGAGAGAAGGGGCGCGGCCCCGGCCCCGCGCCGCGGCGGCCCUCGCUCGGCGCGUGUCCCCGAGAAGGCCUGUGGCGCCCCGAGGGCCGCGCCCGGGGCGCCGGCCGUGCUCCGGGGCCGCACUGUGAUCUACGUGCCCAGCCCCGCCGCCCGCACCCAGCCCGGAGACGGCCCCGGCGCCCGCGGCGCGCCCAGGAAGGCGGGGCCCCCGAGUCCCAGGCAGCCAGCGCCGGCCGCCAAGGCCGCGGGCCCCGCGCAGCAGCGGUCUCGGAGCCUGCACCGGCCCGGCAAGAUCUCGGAGCUGGCGGCCCUGAGCCCGCCGCAGAGGAGCACCACGCCGCCCGCCCGCCUGGCCAAGACCCCGUCCUCCAGCUCCUCCCAGACCUCCCCGGCCUCGCAGCCCCUGCCCAGGCGGUCGGCCCCGGCCGCCCAGGCUCCGGGGCCCCUGCCUGGCCCCCGGGACUCACCGGUGCCCAAAACCCCCGCGCGGGCGCUGCUGGCCAAGCAGCACAAGACGCAGAAGUCGCCCGUGCGGAUCCCCUUCAUGCAGAGGCCGGCCCGGAGGGCGCCGCCGCCCCCGGCCCGGGCGGCUGUGAAGCCGAGCCUCGCGGGCCGGGCCGGGGUCGAGGGGAGCCCGGGCGCCCGGGGGGCCCGCCUGGGCCUGGUGCGUGUGGCCUCCGCGCGCUCCAGCGGCAGCGAGUCCUCCGGCCACUCGGGCUUCCGGCGCCAGCUGACCUUCAUCAAGGAGUCCCCGGACCCGCCGCGGCGCCUCCGCUCGGAAGUGCCCGCCGGCGAGCGCGCGGCCCCCGCGCCCCCGGGCCCCUCGCCCCGCCGCGGCCGGCCCGCGCUGCCCGCCGUCUUCCUCUGCUCCUCGCGCUGCGAUGAGCUCCGCGCGGCGCCCCGGCCGGCCCCCGCCCCGCAGCGGCCCCCCACCGCCUGGGCCCGCGCCGGCGAGAGGCAGCCCCGGCGCACCAGCUCCGAGAGCCCGUCCCGCCUGCCCGUCCGCGCGCGGGGCGCCCAGCCCGAGGCGGUCAAGCGCUACGCCUCGCUGCCGCACAUCAGCGUGGGCCUCAGGCCCGACGGCGGCGCCCCCGGCCCGGCGGACGCCGCCCGCCGCUGCAGCGACGGGGAGGCGCGGCCGCUGCCCCGCGUGGCCUCGCCGGGCACCACGUGGCGGCGCAUCCGGGACGAGGACGUGCCUCACAUCCUGCGGAGCACGCUGCCCGCCACGGCCCUGCCGCUGAGGGGCGCCGCGCCCGAAGAGGGCCCAGGGGCCGCCCUGCAGCGCAAGACCAGCGACGCAGUGGUCCAGACAGAGGACUUCGCCGCCUCUAAGACCAACUCCAGCACGUCCCCGAGCCUGGAGAGCAGGGGGCCCCCCCUGGCCCCGGCCAGCGGCCCUACCUCCCUUCUUGGCAGCGACGUGGAUGGGCCCAGCCUAGCCAAGGCGCCCACCUCUGUCCCCUUCGCCCACGAGGGCCUGGGGGUGGCUGUGGGGGGCUUCCCCACCAGUCGGCAUGGCUCUCCCAGCCGCUCGGCCCGCGUCCCACCUUUCAACUACGUGCCCAGCCCCAUGGUGGUCGCCACCCCUGAUCCAGGUGUGGAGAAAGCCCCCGCCCCUGCCAGCCUCCUGGAAUAGCAGCUGCCCUGGCACAGCUAUAGCCUCUCACAGGCCACCCGGCCGCCGGAGAGUGGGCCCAGGGCCUGCCGCCCCCCAGCCCCUGCUCUGGGAGCCCCACCGCAGCUGGCACUGGCCUCACAUCUCACUCGUAGACGCUUGCUUCUGUGCUGGGGGCUGUGGGAGGAGACGGGGCUCCAGCCUGAGCCUCCAGUCCUGGCUAGGGAGCAUGAAGGAGGGCGCCUGGUUGCAGCCUUGCAGGCUCAGGGCCACCCUCCGGGUCAGGGCUGCCCCCAGCAGCGAGAGCCAGGCCUCAGGCAUGACCCUUCUCUCCAUUUCAGAGUUGCAGGGAGGUGAUUGCACCUGCUACAGGGGAAGACAGUCUAGACAGGGUGGCACAGCCUGCCGCCAGCUGGGGCCAUGGCACGCACUGGCACAGGGACAAUGUCUGUAAUUACCAAGGCAGGGUAAUUGGUUAAUAAUGACUUUACCAGUUUGUUUGUCUUCUCAGCCCCAGCUGGGGGGUGCAGGGGGAGGGGCGUGACUAAGCCCCGCAGAAAGACAGCCCUGCCCCCAGUGACAUUUAGGGCGCCUAAGGCACCCUUGGCUAGUGGACAGAGGGAGGAGGCUGGAGCGAUACCAAGGCUCCUCCCUCUCUCUUGGAAAGAACCAGAAGAGGUAGGCUCGUGGAUGGGAGGGCCUUGCUGCUCAUGUGGGCCACCCCCACAUUCCCAGCUGGCGAGACCCUGGGAUCAGGUCCAGAGAUGGUGGGCAUGGUGCAGGGGGAGAUCAUGUCUUGGAAGUGACCCUCUAGGGACCCCUGAGGGUCUAGGGCACAGGCGAGGCAGACUCCAUGGGGAAAGGCACUUGAGGGCUAUCCUGGCACGCGGGCUCCAUGCCACGCACCUCCUUUCCUGGACAGCACUGCUGUGGGGGCAGACGAGGCUGCUGGCCCUUGGAGGAAGUGCUGGGCCCGAGGGACAAAGCAUCAUCAGCUGGACGUGCUGAGGCAGAUGCCAGCUGGGGAGGAACCGUGCCAGAGGGGGCCACAGUGAGCCCAGGAAGCUGCUCCAAAGGGCGCCUGUCUCCCCUGCAUCUUGUCCCUACUUCAGGGACCCUGGGGUGAGCCUGGUCAGCCUCUGCGCGGGGUGUGCCUUCCUCAGCAGAGCCAAGGGCCUCCCUUCCUGUCGAAUCCUGGCUCUGGAAGGAUCUGCCUUCCCAGCUGUGCUGCAGGGCUGGGUAUGGGUGCUCCUCGCGAUCACAGACUGCGAAUCCCCGCCCUGGGAGGAGGAGAGGUGGGUUGAGAGUUGGGUGAAGCUGUCCUCGGGCUCUCCCCUGCCACGGGCCCCUGCGGGCCAGAGAUCACCCAGGGCGGGAAGUGUCUCCUCUGGCAGGACCAUUCUUGACCAACGGACACUGUGGGCCCCACUGGUCUGAUCUACCCCCAGACACACGCUGCUGCUUCUCAAACAUGUAUCGCCUUGCACCCCACUCCCCGAGACACCCCGACUAGCACACAGAAGUGUGCAGAGAGGAGCUGGCGUGCUCAACACUCCUGCGAGCACAGCUGCAACCAGUGGCUGAGGAGCUCCCGGGUGACUGGACAGGGCCUUGCCAGUGGACACAGCACGAGGAUCUAAGACGCAUCUCAGAACCCCCACUGCCCCCACGUCCCAUCUGUAGCUUGAAGGCCGGGAACAGGCGGUCUCCCGAGCUCCUCUUCAGAUCUGGGGGCUGCCGGACGCCGACUGACUCAGGACAGCCAUGGGCCAGCCACAUCUGGAAGUGAUGGGGGUGGGGAGCAGAGACCCGGCCCCGCACAGUCAAGGGGUUCAGAGUGGAGGGGCCACCAUGUACUGGGAGACCCUGGGCAGUGCUCUUGCCACUUUGUGCCUCAGUUUCCACGUGUGGGCUAUGGGGGGAAGCCCCAGAGCUACCUCUCAGGCAGGCAGAGCAGCCCCGUGACCGGGGGAGAGGCUGGAUGGGGGUGCCCCUCCAAUUGCCUCUUAUCUGCAGAGACAGUUGGGAGCCCGCACCACAUCCCACGUCCAGCGGCCACCGUUGCCUUCUCCAUCCCCCUGACGCCUCGGCCACAGCACACCUCAUCAUCCAGCCUGGAGGAGGGCGGAGGGGUGGGGGGGGACCUUGGGGCCCCGGGAAGAAAAGCUGUUUCCCCGAGGAGAUCAGCUGUCACUGAACAAUCAACUUGAAGGCGAAGCAAGAGCGCUCAAGUUUAUGGACUCACAAGACUUGCCCCUGGAAGCCCAGUCUCCUCAGGACGACCAGUCUCCUUGGCCACCCCGAGGGGACACAGGCCGCCGGAGCCACUGAGACACCAUCUGCCUCUGAGUGCUCUAGGGGCCAGCUGAGGACAUGCCUGGCACCCCAAACCAUUGGCCUUAGCCCAGGGGUAGAUGGACACCACCAUCAGCUGGGUGCUGAAUUCAGGGCGACGUGCCCUCCGCGCAGGUUUACCUCGCCCCUACCUACCCCCGUUUGUCCCAUCGGUGGCUACAGCAGCCCACAGCUCAGCCUGGUCAUCUCGGUCUCCCUCCACUCCCGCACCUUCGGGUGUCUGCAGCGUUACAGGACGUGUGUAAAUAGCCACCCCAUGACUCAUCAAGCCGUCUGUUGGCAGAAGGAAGCGUGGACCCGACGUGUCACGUGCACCUUUAAUAAAUGGGGCUAUCGAACUGCUGCCCACUGUGCCUGCGGCGCCACCUCCAAGUGGUCAAGGCUGGGCUGGGGUGGACAGGAAAGGGCUUCUCGUGCCCCCCACCUGGGCCCGGGUCAAGCAGGGACGCACCGAGUAGCUGCCAGGACGGGCAGUGGCAGAGGGUGAAACUGGGUAAGGGCACGGGGUACCCAGGGGGGACCCACAAUGGGCCGGGCCCCUGGGUCACUUCUCGCUGGCCGAUGGCUUCCCUGGGAUGUUUUUAGGCCCUUUUCAAGAGCCUCA